ACUUAAAAACUCUCCCGGUGUUUCACACACACUGUCAGUCUGUGAGCAGCUGCCUCAGAUCACAGUCGAGCAACAUGAAUCUGGAAGACGCCCUCGGUGGUUGGCCCGCUGGUGGGGGCAACAACCCGCCCACCAAUCCCUCCUGGCCAGCUGCGGGUGGAGGAGGAGGUGGAGGUGCCUGGCCUGGAGGUCCCGCACCAGCUGCAGGUGGAGGUGCCUGGCCUGCAGGUCCCGCUCCCGCUGCAGGUGGAGGUGCCUGGCCUGCAGGUCCCGCUGCAGGUGGAGGUGGCUGGCCUGCAGGUCCCGCUCCCGCUGCAGGUGGAGGUGCCUGGCCUGCAGGUCCCGCUCCCGCUGCAGGUGGAGGUGCCUGGCCUGCAGGUCCCGCUCCCGCUGCAGGUGGAGGUGCCUGGCCUGGACCCCAACCUGGAGGUCAACCUGGGGGUGGAGGUGCCUGGCCUGGACCCCAACCUGGAGGUCAAAUGCCCAGCCAGCCAAGCCAACCUGGCUGGCCGUCUCCUUCACCUGGACCUGGACCUGGACCUGGACGUGGACCUGGACCUGGACCUGGCUAUGCCCCCCAACAGAGUCUGACGGUUCCGUACAGCAUGCCUCUGCCCGGUGGAGUUUAUGACAAAAUGCUCAUCACCAUCGCUGGAACCAUCAAAUCAAAUGCUGACAAGUUCAUAAUUGAUUUAAGUACAUCCACCGAUCUGGCCUUCCACUUCAACCCUCGCUUCAAUGAGGGCGGCAAGAAGGUGAUCGUCAGAAACAGCUUCAUCAGCAAGAAGUGGGGGAGAGAGGAGAGAGAUCUGCAGAACUUCCCCUUCCAACAAGGGAAGCCAUUUGAGAUGAAGAUCUUGUGCACCAACAAAGAGUUUAAGGUCGCCGUCAACAACUCUCAUGUCCUGACUUUCCAUCACCGGGUCAGCAACCUGAGAUCCAUCAAUGUGCUCAACAUCUUCCACGACGUCACCCUAUCCAAGGUCAACGUGGAGACCAUGCCAUGAAGAAGAUAACUAAGAGAUCUACUGGGAACCCACCAGAGAUCUACUGGGAACCCACCAGAGAUCUACUGGGAACCCACCAGAGAUCUACUGGGAACCCACCAGAGCUGGGGAUCCUCAGGAGAUCUACAGAAGCUUGUCAGUUCAUCCAAAAUAAAUCUUAAAUAUAUAUGUAGAUGGUUAUUGGUCAAAUGUUCUUUUAAACAUAAAACAUCAACAGAAUGUUCUCAGUGUUUCUUGUAUUAGUUUGUAUUCCUCUAUAACACUAUACAUUAGUAUUGACAAUAUAAAUAAAGUGUUCAACAUACA